UGUAUAAUAAAAAGGGCAGAAAGGGACAAGAUCCCCGAAAGGCGUGCCAGUGUGCCAGCGUCAGUUUCAGAAGGUUUUCACCAUUGGAGAAGAAGAAGGGAGGUAUCAUCAUCAUGUAUCCGAGGCUGAUACACCCACAUGAAGCAGGGCUUGUUGGACAAGAAGAUGUUCAAGUUGGUGGCGCCUCCAAUCUCACACACAAGGGAGACCCAUGUCUUGUUCUCACUGCUGAUCCAAAACCAAGACUUCGUUGGACUCAGGACCUCCAUGAACGCUUUGUUGAUGCUGUCACUCAGCUCGGAGGUGCUAGUAAAGCUACGCCAAAAGCAAUCAUGCGGACCAUGAAUGUCAAGGGUUUGACUCUAUUUCAUUUGAAGAGUCAUCUUCAGAAAUAUAGACUUGGUAAGCAAUCAGGGAAAGAUAUGGGUGAGGGAUGCAAAGAUGGAUUGUCGGGUUCAUACUUAGAAAGCCCUGGUACUGACAACUCUUCUCCAAAGUUGCCAACUUCCGAUACCAAUGAGGGUUUUGAAAUCAAGGAAGCCUUAAGAGCACAAAUGGAAGUGCAAAGUAAACUACAUUUGCAAGUAGAGGCAGAGAAGCAUUUGCAAAUUCGCCAAGACGCAGAGCAAAGGUACAUGGUCAUGCUUGAAAGAGCUUGUAAGAUGCUAGCUGAUCAAUUCAUUGGCGCUACCGUCAUAGACACCGACAACCAAAAGUUUCAAGGAGUCGGGAGCAAGACCCCAAGAGGUCCCAUGGUUGAUCCUCUUGGUUUUUUCUCCAUGCCAUCUACUGAAGUGGCGGGAGUCAAUGUCCCGGAAGAGGAACUACCUCAUAGCCUCCCGCCACAGAGGGCCGACUGUUCGACUGAAAGUUGUCUAACCUCACAUGAGACUACCGGGGGAUUGAUUUUAGAAGGAUCACCCGGUGAGGGGAAAAGGAGGCUGCUAGGCAUGGACUCUAUGGCAGCACCUUUGAUCUGGACUGAAGCUAAGAUGAGAACUCAAGCCAUCAAUGUAGCCCAAGGUAACCCUCAUGGAAUAACUAGGUAUGCCGGCAUGUAGGGAUGGAAGGUCAAGUCGAUGGUUCAUCCGGUUCAUCCUGCGAUAAUCCAAAGAUACCUUUUCAGGCCUUCAUUCCUUUCUCUAGGAUAGGUAUUUGAACUCUGACCUGUUCUUUUCUAAUUAGUGGGAACAGAUGUGGAAUCACCUUAUUCCAUUUUGUAAAUUCAAACUUCCCUAUGGCUUUAAGCAUUGUGAAAAGCUAGCAUUGACUGUACAAUUAUUUCGAACAUGCCAAUUUCGCGCGGAUAAUGUGGAAAAGUGAAGUUGUAGAAAUCAGCUCAGGUACUUUUCUUUAAGCAGUUAUCUUGAAUCAUUGUCAA